GUGCACGUGCGCGCGCGCGCACACACCCCUCCGACUCCGAGGAGAACGCGGCGUCAGGAGACGGGGACGGGAGCAACCAGCGGACGCAUGGGUGCUCGACGACGGCCGCGGCCGGGGGCGGCCGCGCUGCUCCUGCUCCUCCUGGCGGUGACCUUCGGUACGCGCUACGCGGCGGCGGCCGCCGGCGUCGCCCCGGCCCCGGUCGCCGGCGGCAUGACGGAGCUGCAGAAGCACGUGGCGUUCUUCGACCGCGACCACGACGGCAUCGUCACCUUCGACGAGACGUACCAAGGCCUGCGGGACGUCGGGCUCGGAGCCGUCACGGCCAAGGCCAGCGCCGCGCUGAUCAACGCCGCCAUUGGCCCCAAGACCAGACCUGACAAUGCAAACUCGUCGUCGUCGUGCAUGGACAUCUACGUCCAGAACAUCCAGAAAGGGAAACACGGAAGCGACACGGGCGCCUACGACGCUCAAGGAAGGUUCGUUCCGGCCAAGUUGGACGAGAUGUUCGCCAAGCACGCCAAGACUGCGCCGAACGCCAUGGCCAAGGACGAGCUGGACGCGAUGCUCAAGGCCAACCGAGAGAGCAAUGACGUCAACGGAUGGGUUGCGGCCAAGGCGGAGUGGGAGAUGCUGUACGAUCUCGCCAAGGACAAGGACGGGCGCCUGCAGAAGGACACGGUGAGGGCCGUCUACGACGGGGCCCUCUUCUACCAGUUGGCGGGGAAGAAGGGCUGGGCCUGUCCACCUGUAUUUAAGCGGCGUGGGGGGCGCCCCCGCACCAGGCACCACCAGUACCAGCUGCGCCGCGAAAGCCGAGCGGAACAAACUGCCAAAAGGGAAAGGGAACGGGAGAGCUCUCACACACAGCCCGCGGGGGACAGCGUCGAGAGGGAAUCGCCGGGGAGGAUGGGCGGCGCUCCGCGACGAUCGGCGGUGACGGCGCCUUCUGCGCUGCUCCUGCUCGCCGCGCUCUUCGUGGGCCGGGCGGCGGCGGUCGGCGACUGCCCGACGGCGCUGCGCAGGCACGCGGCGUUCUUCGACCGCGACGGCGACGGCGUCGUCACCCUAUCGGAGACCUACGGCGCGUUCCGGGCUCUCGGAUUUGGAUUCGGCGUGUCCUCCGUCAGCGCGGCCUUCAUCAAUGGCGCCCUUGGCACCAAGUGCAGACCUGAAAAUGCAACGUCAUCCAACACGGACAUCUACAUAGAGGACAUUCAGAAAGGAAAACAUGGAAGUGAUACUGGCUCGUAUGACACUGAAGGAAGGUUCGUUCCAGAGAAGUUCCAAGAGAUAUUCACCAAGCACGCCAAGACCGUCCCUGACGCCCUGACAUCGGACGAGAUCGACCAGAUGCUCCAAGCGAACAGACAGCCCGGGGACUACACGGGAUGGGCUGGCGCAGAAGCGGAGUGGAGGAUCCUGUACAGCCUCGGCAAGGACAAGGACGGCCUGCUGCACAAGGACGUCGUGAGGAGCGUCUACGACGGGAGCCUCUUCCGCAGGCUCGCGCCCAACUGGAGUUCUCCCGAGAAGGAGAAGCAGCUGGAAUGCUGAGCCGGGAGGAGAGGAGCAUGCCGUCUGCGUUCUCCCGCGUUACGUGCCGGCACAAGCAGAAGUCCGAUUAAGUUAAGGGCUGGACUCUGAAUACGCUGUCAAGCAACAUGUACUGGCGGUGUGAACAGGUGUGAACGCUCUGUUCCUGAUUAAAAGGAGGUGUGAACAGAAUCUGUUGAUAGGACGACGGCUGUAUCUUGUGAUGGGUCCGAUGGUUGUGUUUCUGUACAUGCAAGUGGCUGGCAAUGGAUUUGCAUACAGUACUUGGCAUUUCUUGCC